AUGGGCCCCCCCGGCCCCCCCCCGCACCUUUUGCCCCCCCUCGUUCUGGCGCUCGCAGGGGUGGCCCGGGGCAACUUCACGGUGGUGGCGUGGCCGAGGGUGGCCGUGGUGGCCUUCGGGGGCUCGGUGGCCAUCAACUGCAGCCUGAGCUCCUGCCCGGGGGGCAACGGCACGCUGGGGCUGGAGACCCCCCUGGAAGCCAGCGCCGGCUCGGGGGGGCUCCGCUGGAGAAGUUUCCUCCUCCCGAACGUGUCCCGGUGGCAACCGGGCCCCGUCACCUGCUCCGGCCGCUGCGGCGACAGCGAGGCCACCGCCAGCACCGAGCUCCUGGUGUACCAGCUGCCCCACUGGGUUGGGGACAACCAGGGGACCCCCGUGUCUCCUCCGAGGGGGCUGGGGACACCCGCGCGGGUGCUGCUGGAGCCGGUGGCGGCGGUGGCCGUUGGGGACAGCCGGAACCUGACGUGUCGCGUGCUGGAGGUGGCACCGCUGCGGAACCUGACGGUGACCCUGCGGCGCGGAGCCGAAACGCUGCGCACCGAGAGCUUCGGGGACACCGAGGGCAGCGCCAGCGUGGCCGUGAGUCACCUGCUGACCGCCACCCGCGGUGACCACGGCCAGGAUGUCACCUGCCACGCCGAGCUGUCCCUCAGGCCACACGGGCCGCUCUUCGCCCGAGCCGCCGUCCCCGUCACGCUCUCGGUGUUCGCUCUCCCGGAGCCUCCUCAGCUCCAGGUCCCCUCAAUCCUCGAGGCCGGAGCCGCUGUCACCGCCGCCUGUCGCAUCCCCGGCGCUUUCCCUGCCGGGGACAUCCGCGUCACCGCCUCGCUGGACCGGGAGCCGCUGAACCUCACGGUGACGGUCACCGGGGACACGGUGACAGCCAGCACCGAGCUGGCCCCGCUCCUCCCGGGCCCGCGGCUCCUCAGCUGCACGGCCGCGGUGGCCACGGCGGCGAGGACGGCGCGGCGGCAGCUCCACGUUUACCGAUUCCCAGCGCCCGUCCUGGAGCUGAGCCCGGCCUCUGCCGCUGCGGGCAGCGAGGUGACCGUCACUUGUCGCACCGGGGCCACCGAGCCUCCCUCGGCGCGGCUGCAGCUCCGCGACACCCACGGCCGGGUUCUGGCGGAGGGGCCGCAGCCCCGCUUGAACCUCACGGUACCGGCCCGGCGCCACGACAACGGCCGCCGGUUCCGGUGCCGCUCCAGCCUGGCGGUGGGCGACGGCGUGGUGACAAAAGAGGCCGAAGCUCGGCUGGAGGUGCUCUAUCUCCCCGAAUUCCCGGCCGGCGGCUGCCCCGGGAACCGCACGUGGCUGCGGGGGACGCGGGAAGCGCUGCGGUGCCUCGCCACCGGCAACCCCGAGCCCACCGUGGUGUGCGGCCGCCGCGGAGCGCCCGUGGCUACCGGAGAGGCGGAACCGGUGACCCGAGCCCGGGCCGGGAUCUACCUGUGCAACGCCACCAACGCCUUGGGGACACGGAGCCGCCGCGUCACCGUGAGAGUGGAGUAUGAGCCCACGAUGUCCGAGUCGGGGUGUCCGGCACGCCGGGUGUGGCUGGAGGGACAGCGGAGGGAGCUGGAGUGUCGCGCCGAUGGGGACCCCGCGCCCAGCACGCGCUGCGCCCGCGACCGCGGGAACCGUGGUGGUGACACCCGUGGUGAUGACACUCGUGGUGGUGACACCCAUGGUGAUGACACUCAUGGCAGUGCCACCCGUGGUGGUGGCACUCGUGAGGGUGGCACUCACGGUGGUGGCACUCACGGUGGUGGCACUCACGGUGACGCCCGUGAUGGUGGCACCCCUGACCAUGGCACUCACGGUGGUGACACUCAUGAUGGUGACACCCAUGAUGAUGACACUCAUGGCAGUGCCACCCAUGGCGGUGUCACCCAUGGCGGCGCCACCCACGGUGGUGGUGACACUCAUGGUGAAGGUGCCACUCACGGUGGUGGCACUCACAGUGAUGGUGACACUCACAGUGAUGGUGACACUCACAGUGAUGGUCACACUCACGAUGGUGACACUCGCAGUGAUGGUGGCACUCACGGUGAUGGUGGCACUCACAGUGAUGAUGCCACUCACGGUGAGGGUGACACUCACAAUGAAGGUGACACUCACAAUGAAGGUGACACUCACGGCGGUGCCACCCCUCUCGGAAGUGUCACCCGUGGCCGCAGCCCCCGCGUGGUCACCCGGGCUGACGGCGGCCGCUACGUGUGCAGGGCCACCAACCGGCACGGGGUGGCCACUCGGAGUGUCCUUGUCACCGUGGAGUACCGCCCCAGCAUCGCCGAGCGCGGCUGCCCCGAGCGGCGCCUGUGGCUGGAGGGGACCCCGGCCCAGCUGGGCUGCGCCGCCAGCGGGAACCCCCCUCCCCUCGUCAGCUGCUCCAAACUGCGGGACCCCCGAGACCCCCAAAACUCCACCGAGCUGGGAGACCCCCGAGACCCCCCAAACGUCACCCGAGCCCACGCCGGUACCUACCAGUGCCGGGCCAGCAACGCUCACGGCUCCGCCGUCCGCAACAUCACCGUGGCCGUGGAGUACGGCCCCGCCGGUGUCACCCUGCGAGUUUUACCCUCGGCCAACAUCACCCGAGGCAGCGGUUUCACGGUGAACUGCGGUGCCGAGGGGGUCCCGGCUCCCACCUUCAGCUGGGCGCUGCCCCCCGCCCCAAAUCUGCGCCUGGGCCCCGACAACCGCUCGGUGACGGUGACCGGAGCCACGGCGGCCAACCGGGGAGUGUACACCUGCACGGCGAGCAACCGGCACGGCCGCACAGCCGCCAGCGUGGUGGUCAGGGUGGACGAGAGCUGGCUGGCGGUGCUGGCGGCGCUGGGAGCUCUGGCUGUCGCGGUGUCGCUGGCGCUGGCGGCGGCCGGCGGUUAUUACCUGAAAACCACGGCGUGCAAGAAGGGCGAGUACAACGUGCGCGACGCCGAGGGUUCCUCCGAGGCCGCCUGUCUGCACCGGCACCGCGGCGACGCGGCCGAGGUGUUCGGGAUCCAGCUCACGCAGCCCUGAGACACCAAAAUCCCAAAUUCCAGAGGUUUUUGGGUGUUUUUUGGGUGUUUUUGGGGUGUUUUUGGGUGUUUUUGGG